AUGACAUCCACCUCGACAACAGACCCCUUCCCUUUCCCCUCUACCUACAACUUCCCCCCCUUCUUCACCCCCCAACCAAACCGCAGCACACGAUCCGCCCAGCUCCAGAAAUGGUCCGCCCUCAUCCAAGCCUGGUGUCGACACCACCGGACGUUCCGACUCUCGCUCAUCGACGCCGUUGAAUCCCCGUUAUUUCACAACGCGACACUCCGCAAACGUGUCUCGCUUUCCGAUGCCCGCGACAUAAUCGAUUGGAUGGCUUCUUCCUCCUCUUCCUCCUCCGGUGGUGGUGGGGACGAGGACGGAGGCGGGGGGAAGAGAGCGGAAUGGGUCGAUGCGAAUCAUAAAUCUGUUGCGUGGAUUUGGUGGCGGAGACCUGAGGAGUGGGCUGGGUUGGUGGCUGAUUGGGUUGAUAAUACGGGGCAGAAGAAUGUCGUGCUCACGGUGUAUGAGUUGUUAGAGGGGGAGGCGACUAUUUCGCAAGAAUGGCAUGGCAUGGACCCCGAUGUCAUGCUUCGGUCUCUCAAUGUCCUUGUCAAACGGGGAAAGGCUCAGGUCUUUGGUGGCGAAGGCCAGGAAGGUGUCAAGUUUUUCUAA